CCCUUUUUGGAUUGAUAUAAAUUGCAUAUUUAGUGUGCGAUUGAGCAACAGUUGACUAGUGGAUCUCGUACUAUCCAGGAUGAAGUGGCUAAUGUACUUGGGCUUGCUGGUGCUCCUUUUGCUGAUCGACAAUGUUUGGGGCGCCGAUAACGAAGACCUGGUGGUGGCUCCUUCCCCCAAUGAUGAUCGCGAGGGUGAGGACGAUAUCUCAAUGUAUGACAUGUACAACAACACCGACAUCAAUAUAUGCGCCAACGUUGUUAAUGGCACCUACCUGCCGUAUAUCGGCAACUGUAACUCCUGGAUCGAGUGCGAGAAUGAGUCCAUUAAGGAAAUUGGAAAAUGCUUAGGUGCCAACUCUACAUUCUUCGACCCGAGGUUUCAGGUGUGCACCUAUGAGAGUGAGGCGCAGUGCUUGCCCACCUGCUCUGCAAAUUCGCUGAGCAGCUUCUGCUAUGACAAAACCUGCACCAAGUAUGUCCUCUGCUACUAUGGGCGUCCGGUUCUGAGGCAAUGCCACGACGGCCUCCAGUACAACAACGUGACGGAUCGCUGCGACUUCCCCGAGUACGUGGAUUGUGUGGCCAACGAUUGCUCGGUUACAGUACAGCCCGACGACAUCAUUUACCUGAAAAGCAAAGCCAGGUGCGACAAGUACUUCAUCUGCUCCAAUGGCUGGCCAUGGGAGCAGGAGUGCUCGCCCGGUCUCUACUACAAUCCCGAGUGCAAGUGCUGUGACUUUGCCAAGAACGUCAACUGUACCAAUAAUGCAGUGGUUCGGAACAUUCAGCCCUAUUACCGGUCGCCUCUGCGCCGCGCCGACAUCGAGUGCCCCUCUGCGGGUGUCCAUUUUUAUCCGCACAAGUUCCGCCAGGACAACUACUACUACUGUGUGGAUGGCCAUGGCCUGACCCUGGACUGUACUCCGGGUCUACACUUUGACCCAAAGGUUAUGGAGUGCCGCGAGCCGAAGUUCGUUGGCUCCUAAAAAUAAACGAUGCUAGUUUUUCGCUUUG